CUCUUGUUCUACAUCCUGGUCCACUACGUCGUUGCAAGAAUAAAUCCAUCUCCAUGCUGUGGUGGCGUCGCCGGGCUGCCCCGAAAGGUGAAAGCGCCAGUGAGGAGACGUCUGGGGCUGAGACAGGUUCUUCGACCCCGGCAGUGACGAACCCUCGGGCGAAGAUAGACAAGUCAGGACUUUACGAUCUAGCGCAGGUGAAGCGACUCUUGGACGAUGAGAUGAUAGAGUGUAUGGAAGCCAAGGGAUACGACGAGGCCGUGCUUGUUAGCAAUAUCAAGAUCUUGGCGGGUACUAUUGCGGUAGCGGCGGCGAUGUUCUCCCACUUCAACCCCUGGGAGUUUCCGGGGAACAGAAACAUUGUGUUGGGUUGUGUCUUGCUUUAUGGGGCGUGCAUUGGAUCGAUCAAUCUUUCCGCUUAUAUAUGGGAUGCGAAUGCCAUGUAUGUAGGCAGACUCGCCGCAAAAGCGAAACGAAUAGCGAAAAGCAAACUUCCAGAAAAGGUGUGGGUAUCCACCAGACUCGGUGAGAAGGGGUCAAGCAUCUAUCGGCUUACAAUCCGCACAUCCCCUCAACAGAGCGAAGGAAAAGUCGAAAUUACCAACGGAUACGAAAAGUAUUUUACGGAGGAGGGAAGGUUUCUAGCGACGAGCUUUCAGACGGAUUUGAGCGAUGCCGUUUCACAAGUCGGUUCUGGUUCAAAAAAAUCGAACUAA